AUGGAUAAGUCCCAGGAGCCUGGCCGCGACUCGUCGACUGAUAUCUCCCCAACCGACACACAACGACCUUCACAGCUCAACUCUUCCACCCGGGAUGAUGACCGUGGUCUUGACACCCUGCAGUCGAUGGAUGCUGUGCGGAAGAGGGGACAGGAAGAAACCCCCAUGCAUAGCCCCAUGCCCGGAAAUACCCCCUACUCGGAAUUGGGCCAGUCUCCGGCCAACGACCUGCUGAUGCCCCGUCCCGGCCAAGGCACCGCCCGCUCGCCCUUGCUGGGCCCGGAGCGGCCCCGGACGCGUCCCCGCAAGCCUACACUGGCGCGCCGCGUUUCUGCCAACGCAUUUCGAGGCGGAGUUUUCUCGGCCGAAGAUGGCAUCGCCGAAGUCGAAGCCGACGCCGCCGAGCGCCAGCAGACCUACGCCGGAACAGUACGAAGACGAGCUGGUGUGCCGCCCCCACUCGCAACAAUCCACCCGCCCUCCGACGAUGAGGCCGCGGGCGAGAGACUGGAAGACCAACCCGAUCAGAUCGACAGCGGGCCGGCCGAGGUCGUCGGUGAUGACACUGUCCGGGAUGAUAACCCGGAUGACACGACCCCGGUGGACGAAGACGGGGAUAUCAGCGAUGCCGAGAGCUUCACCCUCAAGGACCGCCAGCAGGCCAUCAACCAGACGCACCCGUUUGGCAUCAGACUGUGGAAGCCAGCCCUCUACAAAAAGAGCCGCUCGGUGCAGAAGAACGCAGAGGGUGAUAUCCACUCGUCCCCCGGCGGCCAUGUCAGCAACUGGCUCCUGUUCUUCAACCUCCUGUGGACCCUUGGGUUUGGCUGGUGGAUGGCCCUCAUCUCAUUUACCGGCGCUGUUGUCUGCUUCCUCUUUGCUGCCGCGCCCGGCGGCCGCGAGUACGGCCGAGUCCUGCGGGGCUUGGCUGGCUACCUCUUCUACCCCUUUGGCAAGUUUGUUCGACUGGAGCAGCAGGAAGCCUACCUGGACGAGGACGAGGGCGAAGGUCGAAGCAUCACCGAAUACGAGCAGUGGCAGAGCGGCGACCUCGAAUAUGGCAGGCUGAUCUUUGGGCUCGACAGAAACCGCUCCAUCAUCGGCCGGUCUCGGAGGAGCAUCGACUCGGAACCCGACGAGACUGAGAGCCUGCUCGGAAGAGCCCACCGCCAGGCGCUGGACGAACACCUUCCCCGGAUGAAGCGGAGGCUGUUUGGGCGUGGAGAGUGGAAUAUCGGCCGAGUCAUUUUCUUUGCCUUCUUCUACUUUCUGAUCACGCCCUCCCUUUUUGUCGUCUCGGGCAUUUGCUGGCUGCUAGUCUUCUCGAUUCCCAUGGGCAAAGUCACCAUGCUCCUGUUUUCCCAUCUCCGGCGCCACCCGCUGGCCCUGUCUUUCGAGUCCGACAUUGCCUCGGCCCGCGCGCCUGCUGCGCCGCAUUCUUCCAUCUUGGUCUGCACCUAUCGGGCUGUGGGCCUCAAGUAUUGGAAGUACACGAUCGACGGAACCAACAUCUUCCUGAUCAAUCUGAUGGCCAUUGUGGGCUUUGUCAUCUUUGACUGGCUUGUCUUGGAUGGGCUCUUGCAUAUGGAGAACUUCCUCACGUCUCCCGCCUUCCUGUUCGUGUCAGGCCUACUGUCCAUCAUACCCUUGGCCUAUUUUAUCGGCCAGGCGGUGGCUUCCAUCUCGGCCCAGUCGUCCAUGGGAGUCGGCGCAGCCAUCAACGCCUUCUUCUCCACCAUUGUCGAAGUCUUCCUCUACUGUGUGGCGCUCCAGCAGGGCAAGGCGCAGCUCGUCGAAGGCAGCAUCAUCGGGAGCAUCUUUGCCGGCAUUCUCUUCCUCCCGGGCCUGUCGAUGUGCUUUGGGGCCAUCAAGCGCAAGACGCAGCGUUUCAACUCCAAGUCGGCCGGCGUGACUUCAACCAUGCUGCUUUUCGCCGUCAUCGGCGCGUUUGGUCCAACCCUCUUCUACCAGAUCUACGGCACUCACGAGCUGACUUGCCAGGACUGCAUUAACUUUGAGCGCCCCAGCGGUGGCGGCGGCGGCGAGGCUCUCCGGGACUGCCGACGCUGUUAUUUCUCGCAGACGCCUGCUAUCAAUGACCGCUUCUACCUCGAAGCGGUGCGUCCGUACUGCUAUCUCGCUGCCAGCAUGCUCUUCAUGUCCUAUAUUAUUGGUCUCUGGUUCACGCUCCGCACGCACGCGGCCGUCAUCUGGAACACCGAGAUUGAAGAGAAGAAGCAUGACGAGCACGUCGCCCCCCACCCCACCCCUCGACAGUUGGGCACUACGUCCGUUGGGGAUGCCAGCGGUGUCGACAUAAGGGACUCGCACCUGUACAAGCGUAUCCUUGGGCAGUCUCUCCGACAGGUUGGCCAGUACCCGCGGCCCGACGAGGAGACGCGACAGAACACGCCUCUGCCACAGGGCGAAGCGAAUAGCACUCCUCAUCUUGUCCCGCCGAAGCCUAGUACCACCACGUACGGCACCGCUGAGACCUCUGCGUCGACCAUCAGCAUUCCCGGAUUUUCCGACGCCGAGAACAACAACCUCGUUCAUCAAGUGGCAGCCAUUGCGGCGACUGCUGCGACGGUGGCCGCCAGGAACGUCCAAAGCGCCAGGCGCGGUCCGCCUGGGUCCGUCUCUACGGCUGCGCCCCCAUCCGCCUCCGGAGCGGCCCGCUCGGGAGGGGGAGCAGUGCGCAGCGCCGCCUUAUUUCCAGAUCAGGAGGACGCCGCUGCAGGAGGAGGAGGAGGAGGAGGAGCGCAGGGAGCUGUAGACAGCCACGGGGGCCAUGAUGCGCCGAACUGGAGCCGUCUCAAGAGCGCCAUCAUUCUGAUGGGCGCCACGGUGCUCUAUGCCAUCAUUGCCGAGAUCCUCGUGGACACGGUCGAUGUGGUACUGGAGAGCUCUGAUAUCGACGAAAAGUUUCUGGGCAUCACGCUGUUUGCUUUGGUGCCCAACACGACCGAGUUUCUCAACGCCAUCUCGUUCGCCAUGAACGGUAACAUUGCGCUGUCGAUGGAGAUUGGCUCGGCCUAUGCGCUCCAGGUCUGUCUGCUGCAGAUUCCUGCUCUCGUGCUCUUCUCAGCUGUCAACCCCUUGCGUGGGGUACCCUUUGAGGAUGCCGCCCGGUACACGUUCUCCCUGCUCUUUCCGCAGUGGGACAUGGUGACGGUGAUUUUGUGCGUGUUUUUGUUGAGUUAUAUGUACGGCGAGGGCAAGAGCAACUACUUCAAGGGUAGCAUUCUGCUGCUUAGCUACCUGGUGGUCGUCAGCGGGUUUUACUUUGGCGGGUUUGAGACCAGUUUGGAGGACCCGCAGAGUGCUGUGAGUCGAUUUGAUACGAUGGGCAGGGAUGGGCAGUGGCUGAGCUACCGGUACAAGACGGUUGGGAGGGGGACUUCGGGGGCCGCUUUCUGA